AUGGAUGAUCUCACACCCAACGGAAAUAACAAGAUAUUGUUUGGAAACACAUUCAAAUCCGACGGUUUUUCUGUUGACCUUCUGUUCUAUCGAAGGGAAAAAAAGAAGGAUGACACUGGUGUUGAAUUAGCUCUUGAAGACUUCAACUACGAAGAGGUCAUCAAUCAGUAUCAACCGGUUUUCCUUGAUCCAGGACGUAAAUCAUUAUUUACAGCUGUUGUAGGCGUAGAGCUACUGACAUUUUACGGCAAGGAAACCGCAAAGUGUCAUUUCCAGCUGUAUCAAGGCAGGCAACGGGCACCAGAAAUGAUGGUUAAUAUGUUAACUCACGGUACUGCCAAGUACAACAAAUUUCAGAGGAAGAAAAAAGGAAAGAAGAAUGUCAAGCGAGGAAAAAAGAAGAAGAAAAAGCCCAAGAUAGAUGGUGGCAAAGAAAAUGAAGGGUUAAAAUCAAAACUUGAUACAACCGCAAAGAAGUUAAAGUGGAAACCCCUUCCUUUUCGCGAAGAAAAAGAAAAGUGCCCAUUGGUCGUUUUUGGCGAUGGUGUCUUUGGUAAAGACAUGGUCAAGUUGAAAAAUCUUCGAUGUGGGGUGGUAGGGAAACUGUUUCAGACACUGAAAAAACGCGAAACUGCUGGUGCGUUGAUCGUUUUAACGAUUGACGAAUUUAAAACAUCUAAAACGUGCAGCUCGUGUUUUUAUAGCAACUUGGGAGUGGUGAAAACAACGCAUUUCAAAGGCAAUUCCGUUCUUGCUUGCCAAAAUUGUAACAAAGUUUGGCAGAGAGAUGCCGCUUGGAUGGGAGAAGGAAGACCAGAACCAUUUAAGCGAGAGAAAACCAAUGCUUAA